AUGGUCGUAAUUAACGGGGUCAAAUAUGCCUGUGAAACGUGUAUCAGGGGUCACAGGGCGGCGCAGUGUACUCACACUGAUGGUCCGCUACAGAUGAUCAGACGCAAGGGAAGACCAUCGACCACAUGUGGCCAUUGUAAAGAGCUGAGAAGAACCAAGAACUUCAACCCAUCCGGUGGGUGCAUGUGUGCCUCUGCACGACGGCCAGCUGUUGGCAGCAAGGAAGAUGAAACACGAUGUCGUUGUGAUGAGGGUGAACCUUGUAAAUGUCAUACCAAGAGGAAAAGCAGCCGGAAAUCAAAGGGAGGGUCAUGCCACAGAAGGGCAAAUGAUGAAGCAGCGCAUGUCAAUGGUCUCGGUAUUGCAGAUCUGGACGUUCUUUUGGGCCUAAAUGGUCGCUCGUCGGAUGUAGACAUGACAACCACAUUGCCGAGUUUGAAGCCACCUCUGCAAAACGGAGAAAUUAAGGCCGACAGCAUUGACAAUCUUGAUUUGGCUUCCCUCGAUCCGCUUGAGCAAAGCCCUAGUAUAUCUAUGGAACCUGUUAGUAUCAAUGAAACAGGAAGCGCAUAUACAACUACGAACACAGCACUAAACGAUAUUGACAUUCCAUUCUCCAUCAAUGAGUUGAACGAGCUAUACAAACAAGUAUCUUCGCAUAACUCACAUUCACAAUAA